AUGUCCCUUUCCAGCAGCCUCGUACGGUCGCCGUCCUAUAUACUGAGCUCGGGCUCGAGAUCGAGUAGGGCCGCCGCCUGGAGGACGACCGCUCUGCCCUAUUUUGCCUCGGCCGGCCCGGUGAUAACUUCCAUUCCUUCCACUACUACUUCCAAGUCGCUCACGACAUUACCCACUACUUCUUCGUCUGCGCAGCCGCCAGUGCCGCUCACUCAAAAAGACCUUGCGCCGAUAUGGUUCGAUUCGACCAAUCCACUCCGCGACCGGCCUCAGGGCCUGGAUCCCAAGAAUCCGGAGAAUGAGCGCAAGGUCAAGCUAGGAAAGACUCUGCGCAUUCUGCAAAAGCGCCUCCCAACGGUCCUGCAGACGCCACUGCCGCAGGAGAUUCUCUCGCCCAACAUCUCCCUCCACCUCUUCCCCUCCACCCACCCUUACCUGCCGACGGUGUCGGGCCGCGUAGCCUACACGGCGGCCGUGUGGACGUCGCCGAUUGCGUGGAACAGGGUGCCCAUAAUCGGCAACCUCAAGAUUGAGAUCCUCUCGGAGCGCAUGACGACGCAGCCGCUGCACUUUUCGCCGCAGCGCACGGGCGCCUACCCGGAGCAGCUCGUGGUAAAGUGGCGGACGGCGUCGUCGUCGUCGUCAUCGACGGACCAAAAGGACAAUCCCAGCUUGACGGAGCAAGGGGAGCAAAAGCUCGACGAGACCCUUAGCGGCGCCCGGCGGCGCGGCUCCAAGCGCGAGUUUACCGGCCUCUUCAUCUUUGAGUUUGAUCGCGAGGGCAAGAUUAUCAGCCACACCAUUGAGCAUGUUGACCAGAGCGGCGAGUGGGACAAGGGCGUCGGCGCAAAGGUGGUCCAUCUGACGGAUUGGCUUCUGGGCGAGCUUAGGGGACGACAGCCACAAGGGACUUGCCCAAUGUUUCAAAUUACCGAGGAUCACGACAGGAAAAGGCGUAGGUAG